UGUGUAAUAUUUUGGGAGAAAAUGACCCUUGCCCUCUUGACUUCCGUCAUGUGUUUCCGGUUGUUUUGAUUUUCCCGCCGUACGGGCUUUCUGUCAUCCGUUCCGGGCUGUUAUAUUUCUGUUCCUAAUGUGGUUUAAUUAAUACGUUUAAUCAAUAUGAGUUCUUCAAACAGCUACAUUAGCUCUUUGGAGCCUAAUGACCGAACCAGGUAUUUUGAGAAAUUAAUGGUAAGUGUCGAAGACGCCGGCGAUAGUUCAAACCCGGAAGUGACUGGUUCGGCGGUGACUGGUGACGGUGUACGCCUACCUGACCCAUACAGUCUGACAGGUUGGAAGGAUGAUUUGAGCCUCUGGCCAGAUACGGACUAUGGGUGCAUCUACACCUACCUAAUCGAGGCUCCAGGUCCGUUUAACGGAGAAGCCAUGAAAGCCUAUAAAUCCCUGGAGGCGUACAAUCUCUUUAUAAGUGGCCAUGUGAGGGAGUGCAGGUACCACCCUAUUGGAAAAAAUGUGAAGGUCUGCUUCCUUAAGGCCAAGGUUGUGCCAGGACAGAGAGGUACAGAGAGCUCCUCUACCAACCAUGGGUGUGUUUGA